AUGCCACUUAUAAUGUUAGUUGGAAUUCCAUGUAGUGGAAAGAGUAGUAGAGCUGAUGAAAUUGCCAAUCAUUUCAAAACAUCAAAAGAUUUAAAAGGACAAGUAAUUAUUGUGAGAGAUGAAGAGCUUGUAACAGAUAUUCAUCAAGCUUAUAAAGAUUCAUUCAAUGAAAAACAAAUGAGAGGAAAAGUUAAAGCUGCAGUUGAAAGAGCAUUGACAAAGGAUGAUGUAGUAAUAGUUGAUUCUUUAAAUUAUAUUAAAGGGUUCAGAUAUGAACUCUAUUGUAUUGCUAGAUCUUUGAGAACACCACAUUGUGUAGUAUAUUGUGAUGUAAAUCUCAAUGAACAUUCAUUUAUUUGGAAUAAGGAUAAAUUAUCAUCAAAAUAUCAAGAGGAUUUUCUUACUGGAAUGUUACAAAGAAUGGAAGUACCAAGUGAAAAAUCAAGAUGGGAUUGUCCAUUAUUUAGAUUGACACCAGACCAAAAAACACCACUCGAAGAAAUUGAAGACGAAAUGUUGAGACCAAAGAAGACAAUCAAACCAAAUACUGCCACACUUCCAAUACACUUGAGCGAAAAUACACUCAUGUAUGAAUUAGAUAAGAUUACAACUGAAAUUGUUCAACUUUUAGUUGACUCUAAAUCACUUCAUAUGCCAGGAGAAGAAAUUACACUUCCAACAAGUUAUGCUCUCUCAAAGGAACAAAUUACCAAACAUAAACUGAAAUUGCCAGGUAUCUCAGUUGGUAUGCAACAAUUGAGAAAGCUCAGAACUCAGUUCGUCAAAAUGUGUCAAAUGCAUCCACCUGAAACAAAGCAAAAGAUUGUAACAGGAUUUGUUGAUUAUCUAAAUGAACAUGCUUAA